UUUUUUUUCUUUUUGUAAUAUUACUUUCUUACUACUAUUAUUACUGCCUAAUAAUAAUAAUUAUAAUACAAUAUGUCUGUAUAUCAUCAGUCGCGGCGGACGUUUGGAAAUAAGGCCCUACUACCAAUCACAACAAUAGAUAAUAAACAUACAGCUCAACCUGUCUUUUUUGGUCUAACUAGAAAACAGUUAUCGCUAAUAGUUCUAGUCGCUCAAAAUAGUACACUAGUACUAAUGAUGAGGUAUUCACGAAUUGUGCAAAAGCCAGGGCAAACAAUGUAUGUGGCAUCUACAGCUGUAUUUUUAGCCGAGGUAUUAAAGAUUCUGGCGUGCCUUGCUGUAAUGCGACAUCAACAAGGCUCUUGGGACAGAUUUAGCCUGAUGGUGAAAAAAGAGAUUUUGGGCAAACCAGGAGAAACACUGAAAAUGCUUAUACCUUCUGGCUUAUAUGCACUGCAAAACAACUUACUCUAUGUGGCAUUAAGUAAUCUCGAAGCAGCAACAUUCCAGGUGACCUAUCAAAUGAAAAUUAUGUCGACGGCUGUGUUUAGCGUAGUUUUAUUGGGAAGGAGUUUAAGUCGCGAUAAAUGGUUUGCUCUAUUACUACUCAUGAUUGGUGUGACUCUUGUUCAAUCUCAAAGUAUGUCAAGUUCUGCAAACAGUAACAAUUCAACACCAUCAAAAGCAGACGAUAUCUUGAUGGCGCCUCAAAAUCCCCUUAUUGGACUAAUUGCAGUCAUCACUAGCUGUAUUUCUUCAGGAUUUGCCGGCUGUUAUUUUGAAAAGAUCUUGAAGACGUCAGAUACUUCAAUGUGGGUACGCAAUAUUCAACUAGGAAUAUCAGGAGCAUUCUUUUCGCUGGUCGGAAUGCUGGCUUAUGAUUUACAGCCUAUUAUGAGAGAUGGACUAUUACAGGGUUAUGACUGGUUGACUUGGGUAGUAGUAGCAAAUCAAGCAUUGGGUGGACUAUUAGUGGCCAUUGUAGUGAAGUAUGCAGACAAUAUCUUAAAGGGAUUUGCGACUAGUUUAUCCAUCAUCGUCUCUGGCAUGAUCAGCAUUUAUCUCUUCAACUUUCAACCGUCAGGCGUAUUUAUGUUUGGCGCCUUCAUAGUCAUGACCUCCUCCUAUCUUUAUGGUGUCGAUCUAACCAAAAAGUUCGCCAAACUCUCUCCUAUAAAACCGCAAUAGCCCUCCUUUUGCUACGAUUGCUCAAAACAUUUCUUUUGUAUAUGUAAAUUUGCUACUACUGUUGUUAUACUAUUUUACUAUCUCAUCUAAUCUUACCAAAUCAAUAGAACAAACAAAGGAAGCUUUGUAUAUAAACACGCAAUUGACACCUUUUUUAAGAGAAUAUAGUCUUCUUUUUUUUUUUUUUUUUUAUACUCAUUUUUAUAUGUAUGUAUGGGAAGCGAUUUAAUACUAGUAUAAUGCAUAAAACACAGCCUUUUAUUUUAACUGUGUCAUAGUGCAGCCAUCAGUUGUCACUUGAUUUUUAUCCGGAUAAAUGUCUUUUGUGUAUGCUGAUUGUGCAUUCAGUUUCG